GGGCACCCUGGUUCCUAGGGCACUCCGCGACAUUACACUCGGCUAAUUGCGCCCAAAUGAAAAACGAUUGCAGAUCCCUACAACUUUGAACCAGUGACCCGUUCGAGCGCGCUAGUUUCUUCAAUGCACCGACGACAGCACUUUGAAGCGGCGCUUUUGCGUGCGAGACCUGGGCAUGCAAGUCGACAUUGUGUGGUGGCAUGGUCAUGGCUUCUAAUGUCCUAUCUGCGAUGCUCGGGACAUAUCACGUUCUAUGCCGUUUUAAAAAAGGCUUGGGUCCGCCUCUGAGGGUUGAUGCGGAGUUUCCUCUGUAUACUCAGUCACGCGAGACCUCUUGUAGUUGAGAUGCAUGGUAAUCUAUACCUAAGCGCCGUCGCGACAGCCGCCUUGCUUUUAUUCCAGCCAUGCUCAGCACGGGCUAAUGUAGCACUGGCGCCGCCAGUUUGCUCUAAUGUCACGACCAGUCAGACCUGGGACUAUAUUAUCAUAGGCUCAGGGGCUGGUGGCAUUCCGCUUGCUGACCGGCUGUCAGAGGCUGGGCACACGGUCCUCCUUCUAGAGAAAGGUCCGCCGUCAACGGGCAUCUGGGGAGGUACCCUAAAACCCAAAUGGUUGGAUAAUUCCACACUGACUCGCUUUGAUGUGCCUGGGCUGGCCAACGAAAUUUGGCACAACCCUACUGGCGUCGUAUGUACGGAUGUCGACCAGAUGGCAGGUUGUGUGCUGGGUGGUGGUGUGGCUGUCAACUCUGGCCUAUGGUGGAAACCUCACCCAGCCGACUGGGAUUAUAGCUGGCCCGAAGGGUGGAAAAGCUCUGAUGUAGUCGACGCGACAGCGCGGGUGUUCGAGCGAAUUCCGGGAACGACGCAUCCCAGUACGGACGGCAAGCUAUACCUGCAGCAGGGAUUCGAGGCGUUGACAUCAGGACUAAAUGCAAGCGGGUGGGAGUUCAUUGUGCCUAACGAACAUCCCGAUCGCAAGAACCGGACUUUUGGUCACAGCACGCACAUGUUCUCUAACGGCGAGCGAGGCGGACCGCUCGCAACGUACUUGGUCGAUGCAAGCCAGCGCAAGGAGUUCACACUUUGGAUGAACACUACCGCAAGGAGGGUCAUUCGCGAGGGAGGUCAUGCGACGGGCGUUGAAAUCGAGUGCAGUAAAAAUGCUGCCGGACACGCUGGUGUAGUCUCAGUUACCCCUGGAACGGGCCGUGUCAUCUUGUCUGCUGGCUCCUUUGGCUCGGCAAAACUCCUUUUCAGAAGCGGCAUUGGGCCAAAGGACCAAUUAAAUAUCGUGAAGAAUUCGACGUCGGAUGCGAAGACUAUGAUAUCUGAAGACUCUUGGAUUGAUCUCCCUGUGGGGUACAAUCUAAUCGACCAUGUUGGCACCGACAUCGAGAUUGCUCACCCUGACGUCGUCUUCUACGAUUUCUAUGCGGCAUACAGCAAGCCCAUCUUAAAUGAUACGGAAAUAUACUUGCAGAACCGCACCGGUAUUCUCGCUCAAGCAGCGCCUAACCUAGGUCCUAUCUUCUGGGAGAUCAUUCCCGGCGAGGAUGGAAUAGAUCGUCACCUGCACUGGCAAGCGCGAGUCGAGGGUUCCAAGAACACUUCCAUGACGAUCACCCAAUAUCUUGGAACUGGGUCAACGUCGAGGGGCCGCAUGGUGAUCACACCUCAGCUCAAUACUCGCGUGUCCGUCCCCCCUUAUCUCCGAGAUGCCAACGACAAGGCAGCUGUUAUUGAAGGACUUGAGAGAGUGCGCAAGUAUUUCGGACCCAUCUCGAACUUGACUUGGGUUCGGCCAGCUUCAAAUCAGACAUCAACACAGUUUGUUGACUCGAUCCCUGCAACACCGGCGGUGCGAUGCUCGAACCACUGGGUUGGUACGGCUAAGAUGGGACUUGACGAUGGCACAUCCGUCGUCGACACAAACACUAAGGUCUAUGGCAUGGACAACCUCUUCGUUGUCGAUGCAUCCAUCUUCCCGGGAAUGAUGACGGGAAACCCUUCAGCAAUGAUCGUUGCUGCCGCCGAACAUGCGGCGAAGAAGAUACUGGCACUUUCCGCUCCAAAGGCAAUUGCGGCUAAUUAAGCAGUGAUUAGAGUGCGAAAAUAUGUAGAAUAAUAUAAUCUAUGUAAGCAUAUCUUGUGCACUGCAGAUAUUUAUCAAAUCAAACCCAAGAAUUAGAAAUAAAUGGUUAUAAUACUAUCGUAUUAAGAAGAAGCAUGUCUUACUAGUUGAUGGCCUUAGCAACUAGGUAUUCUUAAGCACAAUGGUAUUUAUGUAGGUAUAUAGAUUUUUGUAUAUAAGCU